AUGCCACCGGGUUCUGAUGUGAUCCCGAUGGAAGCCACGUGCCUCGUCAUGUGGAACCACCUCAAAGACCUCGUCUCAAACCUGGAAAGUUUGAAAUGUUUACUCUUUUUGACGGAGUCGGAUUUCCUGCCUCACGAUGACCUCAGCCGCGGCGGUGAGCAGGAAGCCUUCAUCUCCGUCCGAUUAUUAUUCCAAUCAUUACCACCGUCCCGCGGCGGCCAAAAAGCAGUCCGUCAGCGGCGAGCAGGCUUCCAGGAGAAACAGAGAAAGGUGGUCAGGCCUUGGGAAUAA